CCCCCCAUUUUCGCCUUGUCCGACCUCUGGCUCCGGCCUAAUCCAUGGUGCAUGGUGGUCGUUUGUGUGGAGUUAGGACGCGGUAGUGGGAAGGUUCUCGAUGGAGGAGAGGCGGCUCGUUUAGAUCAAGGUUAGAUUCCGGGAGGUGGAGGCUCUUUUUGCUCCGCCGCCGUCGGUUCUGUUUUCGGGAGGGGGAGGCUUACCUAGCUCCGUCGUCGCCGUCUUGUCUCCGGAGGGUGGAGGCUACAGUAGCUCCAUGCUGCCGGUUUGGUACCCGUAGAAAAUUUGGGUGUUAGCGGUGAAAGUUCGGUUAGGGUUUUGUUCUUGUCGGCUCGGGUGGAAUCGAGAUAGUGCGGAUGAGAUCUUAGGAGAAGAUGAAGCUCUCCGUCUAUGAGACCGACGACAAGAGAAGUUAGCUGUGGGUGUGGUGUGAGAAGAGUGGGUGGUCCGGAUGAGAGCGCGGUUUGUCCGAUGACGCUUUCGGUGGAGGACCACCGGGAAGGAAGGUGUUUUGUUGCGGGGUAUGAGAUCCGGCGAAACGAAGCACGGUUAGAUAGCUCCGACGGCGUCCCGAGGCGGAGACGGUCAGGUAGAGACGGUGUGCGACGCGUGUCGAUCCGAUGGCACAGAUGCUUCCACGUGUUCAGCAGCCAGUCUCCUUGACGCGUUUGAUCCAGCCGACGUCGGUUUGGGCUUGAUUGGUUUGGGCCGCGGUCCGUUUAUAGCGGUUAGACUGUAGCUGGUUUGGCUUUUGGGCUUCGUGCCUUUUGUUUAAGUGUUUGGGCUUCGGAUUUUGUAAUUUGGGCUUGGCCCGGUAUCAUUAAUCUAUAUAAAAAUCUUGACGGAAAAAAAAAAAAAUAUCAAAGUGAGAAAAAGGCAAAAGUGUCAGCCUUGCGUCCAAUCUUUUGGGUUAAACUUCCUGCCUUCUCCCCUCCCUCAUUUAUUUCAUUGCGUGCUUCUUCUCAUUUCUUAUUUAUUUAUAUUUAUUUAUUUGUUUAUUUAUUUAUUUUUACAUUACUUUCAAUUGAAGUAUUAUUGUUUGAUUAAUCAAUAGUCUUUUUAUUUUGGGUUAAUCAUAGUGUUAGUGUAAAAGCAUCUUUAGUGAGAAUUCUAAGCGAAAAUUUCUCAAAUGUAUGUCUAGAAUUCUAUUAUGGGUAUCCCAAAUCCAUUAAGAAUCUCAAAUCCAUGAAGUUUUUUAGUUCAAUAUUUGAGAUUUGGAAUUUUGAAAUGGGGUCUUAUGGAUUUUGGAUACAAAAAGCAUUAUUUUAUUAUUUAUAUACUUUAUUGUUUUUUUUUUAAGAAACUUUGUGAAAACUUAUUAAUUUUUUUAUUAAUAAUGCUCUAAGUAAUACUAUGAACUUUGAUAAUUUCUGGUUGUUCCUAUAUUGUAAAGCUGGUAUAUAUAUAUCUCUGUGUUGGUGUUAUCUCGUACAGCGUACUUAUUUAUGGUCGGAUUUAUAGAAAGCAGAAGAAGUUUCAGUCACUAGAACUUCAAAUACCAUCUAAAAAUCUUUUUUAAGAAAUUGAAAUUCUGAUAUUUUAAUAAUUUUCUGGCGGGUAAAAUAGUCGAAUAUAUAUUAAACAAAUACUAUCUAUUGAUGAGAUCAAAUUGAUUUACGUGGAUGAUUGAAUGUAAUGUUUAGUCAAAACAUAUAUAUAUCAUAAUAAUUGAAAAGACUUGUCAUAAGGAAGUAUCUAAUAAUAUUUUUAGUGCAAACAAAUACGUAUGGGAUCGCUAUGUGUUAUCCAGAUAAAAAGCACAUCCAUCUCAUUUGUCCUUAUUGACCGACUGCUCUUCUUCUACCAGCUCCUAAUUGUUAUUCAUUUAAUGUAGAAGCUGUUUAUAUUUAUUACUUAUGUUUUUUUUUGAGCUUUGUAUUGAGCUGAUUUGAAUAAACUUGAGAUUUCACAUCCUUUUAGAAUAACUUUUCCAUUUCAAACAUGAAAAUGGUAUUAUUAUGGUUUGUUUUUGUGUAACAGCUGGUGUUAUAUUAUUUGUUCAAAGUCAAUAAUGUGUUUGAAUGAAUUAUAAACGAAGAGUGAAUAAAAUAAAUAAAUAAAAAGGGUUAAAGCAAAAGGAAUGAACCAUUCAAGAACACUAUCAUGCAUACACCAAACGGUAAAACAGUUUAAAUCGUGAACUUUGAAAGCAUCUUUCUCCUCGGUGGAAUUAUGCAUGUAAGAUUUUAUAUUAAAAAGGAUAUGUAAAUGCAUUUAUCAUGCGAUAAGAUGCUUUGUAUUUAUGGUACAAAAAGAAAUGAGGAAGUGAGCAAUAAAGUCUCCAAUCCAAUAAUAGAUGCUCAAAUAAUACUGUAAGCACUCCCAUACAUUUACAUAUAUAUACACAAUAUAUAAGAGCGGAACUGGGAAUCCUUUUGUUGCUCAAAAAAAAAAGAGUGAGAAUCCUUUCACUUAAAGGGGCAUGGAGAUAUCUUUUUGCAGCAUUUCCAUUUUGGUAAAUCCAAUAAGUGAAAAGGUGUAAUAAUUAGCAAUUUGGGGGUUAGCUUUUCGAUUUUGCAAGCAAAGCUACGUCUCUUUUCUUUUUGUACAUCCCGAGUCACUCAAACGACGGGCAUAAUAUCAACGAAAGUAAAAUAGUAUAAUUAACAACUGUCCAAAUAAGUACUCCGGACAUAUUCAACGGAUCGAAGGCCAACCGACUAAAAGAUACGAGACUAUCUCUAAUGAUUUACUUUAUUUUUUACUCUAAAAUAAAUUAACUUUAUAAUAAAGUUUGAAUUUGUUUCAAUAAUAUUAUAUUUUAAAAUAGAAAAUAGAACAAUGAAAAUAAAAAAUAAAUUACUUUUUAUUUGGAACAAACCUAUUUUUCACUCUAUUAUAAAUGAUAAAUAGAAUAUCAUUACAGUAUUUUUAAUCUAAAUUUUAUUUUAGAAUAAAAAAUAAAGUAGGGCUAGAAAUACCUUAAUUAUAAUUGUGGAUGUAAGUGUACUAAAAAAAGUGGCAUUUGCCUCUAUAAAAAAAAAUUCUUUUUAAUAUAUUCAAAUUUUAUUAUUUUUCUUAUUAAAAUUACAUUUAACUUUAAAUUUUAUAUUUAUAUGUGAUUAUUUUUUCUAAAAUUUUAUGUUAUAUCUACCACUAUUUAUUUACUGACACCGGAUAAAUCCAGUUGUUAGUAAUAUGAAUUAGAUAUUUAUAUUGUCUAGUUACAUAAGUCUAAAACUGCAGAUUAUGAAUCCGAAAAAGAUGUAAAUGUAAAUUUUCUUUAUCGUAAUUAUUUUCAAUGUGAGUUUUAGUAAUUUUUAUGUCAGUUCUUAGUUUUUAGAGCUUUCUUGUUAUUUCUCAACUUACGAAUUAAUUUUUGUUUUUGAAUAAUAUUAUUAGAAAAAAAUGAUCCAUUAUUAUGUUGCUUUACUGUAAAAUUUAUACCAUAAAAUGCAAAAACUUUUUACAUUUUAAAAAAUACAAAUAUAUUCUAGAAUACUGGUUAGUUCAUUGUUGUAUAAAAAAUCGUUUUGUUUUCAUUAACUGUUUUUAUUUCUUUAAAAUCUCGUAAUUUGGCAUACUCGAGAUGAGAAUCUUAACGAGGGUUCCAAUUUUACGCACCUAAAAAUUGGAACCUAUGAGCAUAAUUCCUGCAAACGCAUUCAUUAAUACAGUGGGCCAUCUUCACGAUCCACCGCACAAAUAUAAAUAUGCACACAUACAUAACCAUAUAAUAUCCUGUCGACGAAGACGUGUGAAUGCAGAAAAUAUAAAUUAUACUACUGAUGUAAAACUGUUUCAACGUAGUAUAUUUUUGUACCGAUUCAUUUGAUCUAGUAACUAUUACUUUAUUUUAUCUAGUGCACGUCCAUAAAUAAAUGAAAGAGUCUUGGCUGCCUAGAUAUAAAUCCAACACCAAGCUACAUUUAUGUUAACCGAAUUUAAACCAAGUCUUAGUUUUUACUUUUUAGAGUAUAAAGUUGAAACACGAGAUGGAAAUUAGUUACUGUAUAUCGUUUCAAAGUUAUUAGAGUUGUGAGUGUCAGUGUUGUGAUUUAUGAAUCUAAUGUGACGUUCAAAAAAAAAAAAAUACACUAAAUGCAUAUAUUUGAAAGUUUAGUUUGUAUAAAAUUUUAAACUCAAAAACAUAUAAGUUUCAUAAAAAAAUGUUUUAAAUAUAAUUAAUCCUAAAACCGGCUUGAGGAUUCUCAAGGACCCUUGAAUUGCUUGGUCGGUCCAUCUUGAUCUCUAUCCAUAUAAUUUAUGUUAUAUAUGAUAUGCGUGUACACACAUAUGCUAAAGCUAGUGUUGAUUUUAUUUAAGAUAAAAAUAUUAUAAUAAUACAAGCAAUAUACCUUCAGGUCAAGAGAAAUGAUAUUUAUUAUUACCCAUUGAAAAAGACUCAUUUGAUCGAGAGAGAAAAAGAAUCUAUCAUAUGAACCAAAAAAGCAUCUUUCUAUCUUUUCAAAUGCUUGCUUCCUUCAAAUCCUCUAGCUCCUCCUCCGAAGAUGCCACCGAGAAUCCUCCUCCUCCUCCUCCUCCUCCGUUAUGCCUCGCCUCAUCUUCUGCCGCAACAUCCGCCGCUCAUCACCUCCGUCGUCUACUAUUCACAGCUGCGGAUUUCAUCUCUCAGUCCAACGUCUCCGCCGCUCAAAACAUACUCUCAAUCCUCUCCUCAAACUCCUCCCCUUACGGCGACUCCACGGAGCGGCUCGUCCAUCUCUUCACGAAAGCCUUGUCCGUACGGAUCGGCUUGUCUGAAAACGCUGCCACGUGGACAGCGAACGAAAUGGCUUCUAGCUCCACGGUUUUUACAAGCAGUGUAUGCAAAGAACAGUUCUUGUUUCGGACCAAGAACAACAACAACUCUGAUCUCGAGUCUUGUUACUAUCUUUGGCUGAACCAACUAACACCGUUUAUUCGGUUCAGCCAUUUAACGGCGAACCAAGCGAUCCUCGACGCGACGGAGACAAACAACGGUAACGGAGCAUUACAUAUACUUGACUUAGAUAUAUCACAAGGACUUCAAUGGCCUCCGUUGAUGCAAGCCCUAGCCGAGAGAUCAUCAUCAAACCCUAGCAGUACUCCACCUCCUUCCCUCCGCAUAACCGGAUGUGGUCGAGACGUAACCGUAUUAAACCGAACCGGAGAUCGGUUAACCCGGUUUGCUAACUCUCUAGGACUUCAGUUUCAGUUUCACACGCUUGUGAUCGCUGAAGAAGACCUCGCCGGACUUUUGCUUCAGAUCAGAUUAUUAGCUCUCUCCGCCGUACAAGGAGAGUCCAUCGCCGUCAACUGCGUCCACUUCCUUCACAGAUUCUUUAACGACGACGGAGACAUGAUCGGUCACUUCCUGUCGGCGAUCAAGAGCUUAAACCCUAGAAUCGUGACAAUGGCGGAGAGAGAAGCGAACCAUGGAGAUCCUUCGUUCUUGAAUAGAUUCUCAGAGGCUUUAGAUCAUUUCAUGGCAAUAUUUGAUUCGUUAGAAGCGACUUUGCCGCCAAACAGCAGAGAGAGGCUAACCCUAGAGCAACGGUGGUUCGGUAUGGAGAUUUUGGAUGUUGUGGCGGCGGAAGCGGCGGAGAGAAAGCAAAGACAUCGGAGGUUUGAGGUUUGGGAGGAGAUGAUGAAGAGACAUGGCUUUGCUAACGUGCCAAUAGGAAGCUUUGCUUUCUCUCAAGCUAAGCUUCUGCUUAGACUCCAUUAUCCUUCAGAAGGUUAUAAUCUUCAGUUUCUCAACGACUCUUUGUUUCUUGGAUGGAAAAAUCGUCUUCUCUUCUCCGUUUCAUCGUGGAAAUGAUUUAGUAGAGAGAGAAGAAACCUAAACUUAGGUUUAGUAGAGAAAAAAAAUAUCUGAUAUUUUUUGGUGUUAGGGCAAACAAAAAAAUGAUUUUACAGAUGACGUCGGAGGACGGUGGCUCCGGCGAUGAUUGUCGACGGUGGAGGAAUCUUGGGAUGUGUGUCCUUUUUUGUUUCUUGGGAAGCUGAAACAAAGAGACAACCUAAUCUUUUGUGUUCAACCUACUAAUAUCUAUUUUUUCAAACUCAAUCUUAGGUGUAUCGGUUUAACAUAUAUAAUCCCAUUUUGUAUCUUUUCUUUUUCAUUUUAUUUGGUUAUUUUAGUCGAUCCACUCGGGUAUUAGUUGCAUUUUUAUGAUUUAUUAUAUGCAUCCACUUAUCAGA